CAUGUCUCUGGAUCGUAGGUGAUGAUGGCGGUGGAUAAGCAGCAUCGCUGAGUUAAGCGUUUUAUAUUAAUAUAAUUAUAAAAACAGUCGAAUAAUACAAUUAGUCUCCUCGGUCUCCUAACCAGAGACGAUGGGCAACGAAGGAAGCAUCGAGGGAAGCGGACAACCCGGGGAACCGGGCUCCAUCUCUAUGGUGGGAGCUCCCGGUUCCAUUUCAGCACCGGGCUCUGGACAGCACAUCAAGCCCGCCAAUGGUGCUGUUGCCGGGGGAGGAAUGGGUGGCGGACCGGGGAUGAAUAGGGUUCCUAUGGGGAGUCCUAAACCUGGGAUGCAGCUUGGCUAUGGAGGAAUGGCUGGAGGAAUGGGUGGAGGGGGAGGUCAGAGACUGGCCAACCAAGAGAGCCACAGGCCGAUGCAGCAGUCUAGCUCAGGCUCCGACCAUGGCUCUGGCCCAGGCCACGGCCCAGGGCAGGGUCAGGGCCAUGGGCCAGGUAUGGGUGCUGGGAUGGGUGGCGGUCAGGGUCAGCAUGGCCAGAGUCCCGGUCAGCCCGGUCAGCACGCCUCCAGACAGAACCUCCAGGUGGACUUCAGCAGCUCGGGAGGCCGGACGGGUCGAUCCUCCUCGGCAUCUCCGGACCGGGGGAUCACCCCCACCUCGCCCUACUCGGUGCCUCAGAUCGCCCCCAUGCCCGUCAGCAAGCUGUGCCCCCUCUGCUCCACAGCAGAGCUGACCAACCCGCCGGCCCUGCCAAACUACAACACCUGCACGCAGUGCCGCUCCACCGUCUGCAACCAGUGUGGCUUCAACCCCAACCCCCAUCUCACAGAAGUCCAGGAGUGGCUCUGUCUCAACUGCCAGAUGCAGAGGGCCUUGGGUAUUGACAUGACCACCCCACGCUCCAAGAGCCAGAAGCAGAUCCACUCUCCAUCCCACCAAGCCAAACCCAUAGUCCAGCCACCACCUGUUCAGCCAGCUCAGCCAGCAGCCCAGCCAAAACCCCAGCCUCAGCCCCAGGCCCAGCCCCCACCACAGUCAAUACCUCACUCCCAGCCCCACCACCAACCCUACGGUCAAUCCCAGCCCCAGGCCCAGCCCUAUGGUCAAUCCCAGUCCCAGGCCCAGCUCUAUGGUCAAUCCCAGCCCCAGUCCUUUGGCAAAACUCAGCCCCAGCCCUAUGGUCAAUCCAAGCCUCAGCAACAGCCCUACAACCAAACUCAGCCCCAGCCAUAUGGUCAAUCCCAGACCUAUGGCCAUUCCCAGCCUCAGCAACAGCCCUAUGGUCAAUCCCAGCCCCAUCAACAGCCCUACAGCCAAACUCAGCCCCAGCCAUAUGGUCAAUCCCAGCCCCAGCAACAGCUCUACGGCCAAAGCCAGCCCCAGCAACAGCCUUAUGGCCAAACCCAGCCUCAGGUCAAACCCCAAGCUCAGCAUCAGCCACAGCCCUCUCCUGGCCUACAGAGACACCCUGUAGCCGGCUCUGCCUCCCUACCCGGGUCAACGACAAGCUCCCCACAGCACAUCCCAUAUGGCCAGAGAGGGCCUGGAGGUCCCGGCCAGCCUCGGAUCCCCCACCCUGGGGCAGUCCCCCUGGUGGGCAUGGUCAAGGCUCCCUCCCAGCCAGACCUUGGCCGAGGCUCCCCGAUGCACCAGGGCGGCCGCCAGGCUGCCAGCGCUGGCUCGUCGCCAUCCCAUCGACACGCCGCCCCACAUGGGCAACCGCCCCAGGACGGCCUGACAAAACUGUUUGGCUUUGGGGCGUCGCUACUCAACCAGGCGGCCAGCACCCUAGCCUCUGUGGACCCCCUCUCAGGGACACCAUCCUCCCAGCCCUCCCCUGCCAGGGGUGGGCCUUCCAAGAAACAACAAGGACCUCCUGGUGCCAAACCAUUCCAGACAGGUGGCCCCCAUGCACCACAGAUGGAUGGCCCUCAUGCACCGCAAAUGGGUGGCCCGCAAGCACCCCAGAUCGGUGACCCACAUGCAUCCCAAAUGGGUGGCCCUCAUGCACCACAAAUGGGUGGCUCUGAUGCACCCCAGAUGGGUGGCCCACAUGCACCCCAAAUGGGUGGCCCUCAUGCACCACAGAUGGGUGGCCCUCAUGCACCGCAAAUGAGUGGACCGCAUGCACCAACUCAGAUUGGUGGCCCGUAUGCACCACAAAUGGGUGGCCCCGAGCGGUCAACUCAGAAAGGGCCCCAACAGCAGCAAUCACCUGUGCAUCAUCAGAAGGGACCACAGCAACAACAACAGCAGCGGCAGCAGCCCGCCAGACAGGAGCCUGUUCCCAAGCCGGUGGAGCCCGAGAAGCCCAAAGUCAACUGCCCCCUGUGCAAGACGGAGCUCAACAUCGGCAGCACAGCUGAGCCGCCCAACUACAACUCCUGCACCCAGUGCCACACCCAGGUCUGCAACUUGUGUGGAUUCAACCCCGCGCCUCACCUGGAGAACCAACUGCCCAUGCCCUCAAUGCCCAAAAGCCCGGCACAGCCCAGCUCCUGA